ACCUGGUCCUGCAUCCACCAGCUUUCUCCCUUCUCUGCCGCUGCUGCUGCCGCCCCCCUCUCCCUGCCGCCUUGCUUAGCCCGGGCAACUCUGCAGCUGGUACCUUCAGUACGGAGACAUCGGGUUUAUGAUCCAAAGGGAGAAAGAGGCGCAGUUUCAUCCCUGCAAAAGCCUGGCACGCCAACCGCAAUUGACCGCAGAGGCCCGCUGUAAGCUGGUCAGCUGGCUCAUCCCUGUGCACAAACAUUUCCGUCUGUCUUUCGAGUGUUGCUGCUUGGCUGUGAACAUCAUGGACAGGUUCCUGGCCUCCACACCUGUUGCUGCUGACUGCUUCCAGCUCAUUGGUGUCACCGCACUUCUCCUAGCCAGUAAACAGGUGGAGGUCUGCUCACCACGAAUCAGCCAUCUCUUGUCAUUGUGCUGUGAUGUGUUCACCAAAGAGCAGCUCUGCAACCUGGAGUGUCUCAUCCUGCUUCGUCUUAACUUCCGCCUCUCUGCACCCACCCUGGCCUUUUUUCUAGACUAUUACACCAACUGCAUCGAGGCUUCACAGCUAGUGACUAGGAACAAAGGUGAUGACAGGAUUUCAAGGAUGAAUCCUGACCCAAAAAUCCCCAGGCAGUGCAGCAACCUUGCACAAAAUGUUUGUGAGCUGACUCUUGCAGACUAUGCUUUCAACAAAUACCCUCCAUCACUGACUGCCAGCUGUGCACUGAGAGUAGCUAGUGAGUUACUGAAAAGUAAACAAGGUCUUCCUGAGCAUGAAACCAUCCAUUCACACGAAGUUCAGUGGGACAGUUUUGUGGAUGAACUAUGCACACAGUCAGUUUCUUUUCAGCCAACAGGCAAUUCUAAGCAUUAUGAGGGAGACUCACUAGCAGUGAAAGAUGACAGCUACAAACAGAGUCUAGUGCAGGAAUGCAAAGACAACCUGAAGCUGCUGGUGUCAUUAAACCUGGAGACAUUGGAUGUGAUGUCUACUAUGUGACUACAUGAGUGUGACUAUUUUGAUAACAGCAAUUUAAAUUCCCCUUUAAUUGUGGGUUAUAGUGUUAUAUCUUAAACAAAGAAGUGAGGAUAAGAUAUCUAUUUGGGGGGUUUUGGUGCUCAGAAUUCUUGUGUUUAUGCAGACCUACUUUUACUUAUACAUACCUCAUAGACAGUCAACCGUUUACAGCUACAGGAUGCUUAUGAUUUAGCAUUGCUUUUUAUUUAUUUAAGAUAAUUUACUAUAUAAUUAUGAAGUAUAUUGAAAUAUAAUUUUUAUUUUUCAUUAUUUUUAACAAAAAGUCAGAAUCCUCUGUAUGCCAGUUUAUUUGUUGUGGGUUUAUGAGUUUUGUUAGUUUUGGAACAUCUUUAAUGAAGAAAAAUGUGUUGUAAUGAAUUGAUUGCUACAGUUAAU